CAGUAGCCAAGUUUCGGUCUUCACGCACAUCUGGCAGGCACGAUCAGCAGUUGUUGCUGGGUGAACUUGAGCGUACCCGGUGGCUUCGUUUACUUCUUUUCUUUGUCACCGUGCAGUGAUCGUCAGUCGUUUUCAAGUCUGCCUUCUCUAGUCUCGACAACCCUAGAGGCGGGUGUUGGCUCACAGCCAUGAGUGGAAAUGCAGUUUUGGCGGUGCGGGAGCUGCUGGGAUAUCUUGAAUGUCCCAACCCAGACGUAUCUGAAGAGGCCAGAGAUCAGCUCCACCAGCAGCUCAACUCAAUAAAUGACUCAUGGCUAAUUGCUGGACUCUUGAACUACUUUCUUGAGUCCAACAGUCGACACGCUCUCGAGCUGAUCUUUGGAGCCCCUGAGCACCAUGACAAACAUUUCCUGAACCUUGUAUGCGACGGCCUCAAGAAACCACCACAACGUUUCCGCUACACCUGCCUUCUCUUCCAAGGCCUGCGUAGAAACCCUGCUCCAUCAUGGCUACGCCGUUUGCCCCGUCAUACCAGCAUAAUGAAAGAGCUGCUCUUUGGCUUUGAUAACUCGACAGACGUGACGUCUAUGGUAGCAAGUGUGGCUGUGGUUGUAACGCUUGUAACGGCUGUACCCCACGACAUGGCCAGAUACUGCCUUGGCAACGUGCUUGAAAUGUUCUGGCGGAUGUUAAACUGGACACCAAAGCCACCACAGGACUCAACAUUCACCGAUUUUCUGAGACUAACGCUAUAUACGCUCUUCACAAGGCUCUAUUCCUUGUUUCCCUGCAAUGUUGUUAAUUUCAUCAGACGGCAAACCAUCAACGCUGAUAACCGGGCAUUCUUCAUGUCUACAUUGAAACCGAUGGUAGAGAGGGUUCGCUUGCACCCCAUGCUCUUCAGCUUCACCAAGGAGCAGGAAGUGGACAGCAAGCUGCACAUUUGGCGGGACCAAACGGACGUUCUGAUGCAGUGCAGUCGCGUCACCCUAGACCCUGAAGAGAGCACGUGCGAGGAGCCGCCGGUGCUUCAUGACCCUGAGGUGUGCAAGGCAUCUUUCGUGGAGGGCACCAAGUGCUGGGUGCACGCUUCACUUGACACGUUCUUCUGGUCUCCAUCACACAUUCAGUCCCCAAAUCCCUUGAGGGUGGACUUACCCCCUUCAAAUAUGCACACUCCUCAUUCAACUCCUCUGAACACUCCCAUAUACACUAGGACGCCUCUCAGGUUGAACGUUUCUCUCUCCAUACCGGAGUCCCCGCCUGAAGCAGGAGUGGAGGCUACCCCAGAGACGACCCCUUAUACCACCCCACUGCUCUCAGACAUCAGCAGGCAAAUGCGCGUGCAGAGCAAACCUGGGUCUAGUAAUAAGUUAGAAUCCAAUCGUGACAUGAAAAUGCUCAGUAGUAAUGUCAGUAACUCGGGUUUCUUUGAACCGAAAAAGUCUAGUGUUAUGCUUAGUAAAAUUGAUGCCCUGCAAAAAGAAAGAGAACUUGCCGCUCAGCAAGCACUGCCAAAGAACGUUCUAGGUGCUCUUGAUAAUUCAAAUUCUGUGGAAAGUUUGAAGCAGCCUUUGAAUGAUGCGAGUUCAUCAUCGAAUUUAACAUCUCCUCCUGGUGUGGACCAGAGAAAGAACUUGGCCUCUACGUCGGGCCAGGUGCAGCUACCUGAUCUAUCUAAUUUAUCAAUUGAAAAUAACCAAUCUAAUGCAAGUGCCCCAGCUGCACACGUUAAAUUUGAGGGUGCACAGAACAUUGUGCAGAGCGCCGGUGAAAAGUCUAAGGAAGAAGACUGCAAAAUCGCUAGGAGACGCAAGAAGUCCGUGUUCAAGACUCCUGAUGUCGACAUGCUGGAGUUCACGAAGAGCAGUUCGACAUGUGAUUCCCCUAGUCCUGGUGCCGAACAUUACGAUAAGUUUGAUCUUCAAACUGAUGGUGACAAAAGGAACCCUUCCUUGGAGAAAAGUGAUGAAGAAACUCGUAAAGUUUCAACAGAGAGCAAAGAUUCUGGCGAAGAAGAAUAUCUCGCAAAUGAUGACGAGCGCGGAUUAGGACCACCGUCGGGAUCGUCAAUUUCGGCGCUCGUAAAAACCGCCAAGUCAAACAGACUGCGCUUUUUGAGUCAGUGUGGGCCACCGCUAGAUGAAGAUCAAAUAGACAGCAUCAUGCCGGAAGAGAAAAGAUCGAAGAAUAGAUCAGGGCCGUUCCUACGCCUACGCAGCAAGUCAUGCACCUCAUUUGACAUGAGCAGCCUUGAUGAUGACCACGUCGAGUCUCCGUCCGCAACACAAGCAUCCAUGCUACCUCGUCUGCCCAGCACCGUGACCAUCGACCGUUUCGACGUGGGAACUCAAACCGUCACAUCCGCCAGUGUUGAUCCUUACGAGAAGCUUAUAGAAACCUUCGUCUCGGCCAUCACGCUGCCCGCUGCUUCUUCAAACAACGUGCUAGAACAAACCUUGCCCGAGUUCCAGUCUCCUCACCUAAUGCUUAGAAAUUAUAUUCAAAGGAAGAUUAUCGACACUUCAGAUCCAUUGCCUAAUUUUGAUUUCUCUCGCUUGAAGACUCCAGAUGAGAAACUCAAAAGUCAGAUUUAUUCCAUGUAUAGUUUACUGAUGUUAGAAAGGCAUAAGCGUGAAAUUCACGCCCAUAGAAAUCGUAGCCUGCUUGCUAAAACGAAACGAAUGCAUGUGUUCAUUGAAGAGAAGAAAGGCCUCUGCAGCAAAAUGGAGGCUUAUCAGGAAGAUACUCGUAACCUAAAAUCAAGCAACUUGUACAUGUCCAGCUGCUACCAGCGUAUGAAGGACAGUCGAGAUAGAGAGAAUGCCGAGAAAGAUGCGCUACUCAAGGAUUACAGUGAAGGCAAGAAGCUGCAACUCACGGAGACAAUUCUGGCCACAUUGUCACGCGGCGUAAAAACAUCCAAAGGUCAGGAGAGCAAAGACGUGGUGGUGUUGAUCCACAGGCCCGUGGACAGCCAGCAAGAUGCUCUUAAAGACGAGUUGCUGUCCGUUGCAUCUGCACUCAUGCAUAACUUGCGCCACGUGUGUGACGAACGUCAAGACCUGCGUCUCAAAAUCUCAGUUCUCGAACAAAACGUGAGCAGGCAUCGCAACAACGAAGAUAGUAUGGAACUAGUGCUUAAGGAAAAAGAACUUAUUCGACAACGCAUGUCUGUGAUCAUGACUCGCCUUACUAUUUUAGAAGAGCUGAACUUGGAACUUCAGGAGCGAGUGCAUUCGUUAGAGAAUGAGCUUUCGGACACCAACAGCAAGCAAAAGCUCGCUAGCAUGUCGUGGCAAAGUUACAAAGAAAAGAGUUUAUCUGAAAAGAGGGCUAUGAGAGGGCUUACUAGUGCGGCAGCGCUGCACCUCAAUCAAUUACGGAAGGAAAGUGAAGAGAAGGAUAAGUUACACGAAGAACAAAUUGCUUCACUCAAGCAAAGCAACGAUGCACAGCGGCGCCAGAUCCAGAAUCUUGAGAACGAACUGCGACUUUCCCAGAAGGAAAGUGAGGACCUGCGGUACAGCUUAUCACAAGAGGCGGCUCGUCGUGAAGUCUUCAAGAAGGAGCUAGAGAUGCUCAGGAGCCGCAGUGGAUAUUCCCGUUCAUGUUCUAAUAACAAGCAGUUGCCCCCUGAGGAGGAGAGUACAUGCGAUAAUCUCUCUCAAUUCUCUCCAAAAUCCUUUUUAAAUUCUGCAAUUUCGUCGGACUUGAAGCCGCUGCCUUCAGAACCUCCUCCAUCGACUAGAAAUAAGAAAUAGGGAGCUAUUUGACUUUCAGCCUGCAGUUCAAUUGAACAAAAUGUCUUAGCUUGCUACACAAAAGGAGAGCUCGUAGUUAUUUCCACCAUUUUUGUGACUAAAUACAUACGAGUGUCCGUCUUCCUGCGUAUUUAAUCCAUUUAGAAUCAACCCUAAAGGUCCCUAAUAUUUUAUUCCUUUGGUGUGAAUAUCAAUAAUUAUAUGUACGACUUCGUCCACAUUGGCGAUCAAGAGCCGUUUGCUUGAGGUGAACCCAAUCAACUCCUCUGCUGCUUUACUAAUGUAGAUUUUGACAAGUUUUAGAAAAGGCUCCUUUUUUUUAUGUACUACUCAAUGUAUUCUAUAUGGAAUUUUUUCAUGUCCCGUCGCGACUUUCGGCAUAUAUUUCCCAUGCCACCGCGACUCGAUGUAUCGAUCUUUGGUUAGCAUCAAUGAAAUAUUGUGUAAUUUAUGAAAGGUUAUGUUGAUGUUGAAAAAAUUUAUGUAUGGGACUCUGAUGUCAAUGUGGCUGGCCAGCGUUUUUUUGCAUUUUUCGAAAUUUCAAUACAGUUGCCGGUGGUUGAGAAUCUGUCUUGGCUUGAAAAUUAAUAGAAACUUUCGUUAAGCUCGUCAUUCCCGCCGAACUUUUCUCAUGUCUUUGUAAGAGUUGAUGGCGCCGAAAAUCAGCGUUUCGCGAUUUCCAGCAGCCAAUUAAUAUAAAUGGAUAACAUGGAUUAACAGGUUUCAGAAUGGGGGCAACAGCGGGAGAAAUAUCAGACCAUCGCGCCUAAGUGUAACUUGCUUGACCUGCCGCACUCGAAACUUCGAAAUCGUAUGUAUUAUAAGUGUUGAAAUAUAUUUCAAGGAAUUUCAGCUACUAUGGAAACUGUUAAUAUCAGAUUUCCAAGGAUAAUAAUAGUCAUAUUCUGAUUUAACACCAAAGUAAAUUGUCGUAUUCAAAGUGCCAUUGAUCGGACCUACCAGCAUUUGUAAGGCAUCAGAUCUCGCUUGUACUUGUUUGCUUUGGGUCUCCGGAAGCUUUGUAGAGUUCGUCCAAGGUUGAAAUUUGUUGAUAAAUACGUUUGCAGAGGAAUACCAGCACUGGUAAAACGGUUUCAUGUACUAAGAGGCUAUUAUAUUUUAAUGCUAAGGAUAAACAUUUAAUUAGUCCGCAUGUGAUGGUGCGAUAUUGUUUUAUUGACGUUGAACAAUAUGUUUGAACAUAUUGUAAACAUGAUUUUGUGAUAACUUAGUGGUGCUUGCAGCGAAGUCCUGCUAUGGUAUCGGGAGGCGAGGAGUUCUUGCUUAUUUCAUUUGAUCAAUUUUACAUGCCGAACUAUGUUAAAUUGAAAGUGUUUCCUUCUGAUCGUCUUUGAUGUUUCAGCGUUAUAUUCGGCAUGUAUAUCGUUCCGGCAUGUUUGGCUAUAAAGGGAAGCUUAGCGAUAUCCUGCUUAUUUGUAGAACACGGUCACUGAAAGUUCCUUAUUCGUCAUUGGCUGCUAGUAACAAAUUGCACGCGCGUUCUGAAACAGUAGGUUUCAGCCGGAUGUGUAUGUUAUGCUUUGAAUGUUAUGCGGUGAUACGUAACUGAGUGAUUGGCAUAACUUCGUAUUUCCAUUUAGCAGGACCACUGUACGAACGAGUGUUCUUUGAAUUGCACGGCAUCUUUUGGGAAUGUGUUAUGGCAUCAUUCGACGUUAAGAUUUAACUGAAAAUAACUUGCAUGGGAUUUAUCGACGUCUCUUGUGCCGCGAAUGAGUUGAACACACUCUUACUGUGAAAUAGAACCCACUCUGGUAAGGAAUGGAACCCACUCCUCCACAUUAACCGUGACUCUGCAAACGCAGUGUUGGGGGAGCGUCGCAAUGAAUAUAAUUGUCAUCAGAAA